CCAAACAAAAAAUAACAUCGAACCAAAACGACAUCGUUGAGAUCUUCAUCUUCCAUUUCCAAACAACGAGUAUUCUCUCCUCCUCUCGUCAUCCCUCUUCUAAACCCCGAACGAAGAGAACACGCAUGAAGCUACGAACACUUCCUUCUUCUUCGGCACUAUCACGUGUUCUAUCACGUGCCCUAUCCUCUUCAACCGCCACAACAAGCACACUACAGCAAUGCGAAUCAGCGUUUCCAUCGAAGACGGUCACCGUUGCAAACUUCGAAUCGUCGUUAGCUGAGCUCCGGCACCAUGUCCGGUCGUCGGACUUCGUCGCCAUCGACCUCGAGAUGACCGGCGUUACAAGUUCUCCCUGGCGUGAUUCAUUCCAGUUUGAUCGCUCCGAUGUCCGGUAUCUCAAGGUUAGAGACUCCGCCAGUAGGUUCGCCGUUGUUCAGUUCGGCGUUUGUCCUUUCCGAUGGGAUUCGUCUAACCAGUCCUUCGUCGCAUAUCCGUACAAUUUCUAUGUUUUUCCACGUCAAGAGCUUUCUGGUUUUGGCCCAUGUAAUGAAUUUCUCUGCCAGACUACUUCGAUGGACUUCUUGGCUAAAUACCAGUUUGAUUUUAAUGCAUGCAUAUAUGAAGGAAUAUCUUAUUUAUCCAGAGAACAAGAAAGGGAAGCAAUAAGGAGUUGGAAUUCAACACAUGAUAGUGAGUGUUCAGACAUUUCUAAAUUAAAUGAUGUUAGGGGGGGCAUACCUUCUGUCAGCAUGGCAGACAUUUUAUUCACUGCACGAAUAAGAGAUAAGUUCAGUGAAUGGCGUGAUGGGUUAUUACAGGAGCAAAGUCGGUCAGACCAAAUUCAAGGAUCUCGAAAAGACUCAAAACAACAAUUUCAAUUGAUUUUCUUUAAGACACAUCCAGCUCUCAAGCUGGAUGGAUUCACCUCACGUCAGCUUAAGUUGAUUCAGUUGGUCAUCAAAAAGCACUUCAAAGAUCUUUCUUAUAUCAAUGUGAACGAGGUUUCUGGUUCCCAACAAAUAGUUGUGUAUACAGACUCGGAGGAUGAACUAAACUUACUUUUGAAGGAGGUAAAAGAGGAGAAUCACAGGGCAAAAGAGGUGAAGAUCCAAGCUGCAGUUGGAUUUCGCCAUGUUAUUGAUCUCCUUUCAUCAGAACAGAAGUUGAUAGUUGGUCAUAACUGUUUUCUAGAUAUUGCUCAUGUCUACAGCAAAUUUAUUGGUCCUCUUCCUGGGACUCCAGAAAAGUUUGUUGCCUCUGUUAACAAGUGCUUUCCACACAUUGUUGACACCAAAAUACUCAUGAACACUAAUUCUAUGCUUCAAGAAAGAAUGAAAAAGUCCAGAAAAUCACUUGCCUCUGCAUUUUCUAUGUUUUGUCCACAAAUUGCUGCUGGCUCCAAAAGCACCGAGCUAGUUACACCAUCCCAAGUGAAAGUAACCGUUGAAGUCGAUGAUUCAAGAUCGUCUAGCUGGAAUCCUGGAGGCAAGCAUGAGGCAGGAUAUGAUGCUUUCAUGACUGGAUGUAUCUUUGCCCAGUUAUGCAGUGAUUUAGGAGUUGAUUUUAAACUCCAUGAAUCUUCAAAACAAUUAGCUUUCAAUGAGAAACUACAGAAGUACAUUAAUCAUCUAUAUCUUAGUUAUUUGCACGGGGAUAUUAUAGAUCUAAAUACCGGUUAUACGGUUGAAAAUUCUUCACCAAGCUAUAACCUCAAGAGACGGUACCAACAAAUUUUGUUUGAGAACAUUGUUAUUAUCUGGGGAUUUCCUUCUAACCUGAAGGCAAGUGAAGUACGAGAGUGUUUAUCUAAAGUUUUCGGUUUAACUUCUGUAGUUUCUGUCUACCACUUGGAUGCAACAGCAGUGUUCGUUCAGUUUAACAAGACUCAAUUAGUUUCCGACUUUCUUUUGUUGAAGGAAAGCUUAGAGAGAAGUAAUGGUCCAAUCUCGGUUUUGCAUCCGCUGGGAAAACUUUUGGAAGGUGGAAAUACAUGUGCUGCUAAUUAUGAUGCUUAUAAAGAAAUUUGUGGUUCACCCUUAUCAGAAACUCUGUUUGCUGAUCAGGCAAAGGCAGUUGGCAUGAAGUGGAAAACCAAAUUGGUUGAAUACAAGGAAUCGUUGAGGAGUGGCGAACAUGAAAAUCCAACUAUAGAAGAGAAUGUAAAUGAUGCAGCUAUGAGUUUGUAGAAAAUAUCAAGCCAAACACAAUUGAUCAGUUAAGAAAUGUUCAAUCUCGUAGGCAAGCCGCCCAUUCCUGUGGCGCAGAAGCCAACUUGUGAUUUUUGGCUAAUUAUGUGUACACCAUCAGGAUGCACCGUUCAAUUUGUUUCUAGUGUAGUAUUAACCAAAUUUAAAAGAACAAAUCUUUUGCUCUACGACUAUAAAGAAGUCGCCCCUUUUGAUUUGGUUAAAAUUAGGUGUAGUAUCUUUUGUGAUGAGUUCAAUUCAGCUGUACUAAUGGGCGCGGGUUUAGCAGGAGAGGUUAAUCUUCCUACAAAGUGGCAUACCAAAGUUUGAAUCAUGGCAGGUAGAGCUACCCACAUAUAGUGAGUAACGUCCGAAGAGAAAAUAAUAUUCAGCUGUAACAAAUACAUCAGUUGGUAAGAGACAAACCACAACAUCUGAGAAUUAUAGGUAAUAUGAUCAUUUGUUGUUAUUGAUCAAAGUUCUUAGUAGGAUACUUCUCGUGAUGUAUUAUAUAAUCAGAAUUCUUAGACUUGAAAGGAAAAAGAUUAUUGUUUUGCAUAAUAGUUUCAUGAAGUCAGUAUAUACACAUUCUCUGUUUAACUAUUUGUGAUGAAGACACAGUCAAUUAAUCUGUUAAGCAUUUUCUA